AUGGUGAUCAAUGUUGCUGUUGGGGGUGACGGCGACAGCAGCGGAGAUGACGCUGUUGUUAUUGUUAUGGUCAUCGUUGUCAUCAGUGGUAUGAUUGCUCAGACCUCAAUAUUCCCAUAUGAGACAAGUCCAAAAGUGAACGGCCUCAAAGCCAGAGCUGAGAAUGAAUACAGCUUGGAGGUAUUCAAGUUUGAGUUUAUAGAGUCUGUAAGGCUCAAGUUCGAAGUCGCGUUGACAAUAACCUCUGAGGUCAGGUUCGAGGACAAUGACGACGAAGCAAGAGUCAUGGCCGAGGAACAUGCAUUGGACGUCGAGACAGCAACUGAUGAAGACGAGGCUAGUGCCAUGUCCAUGUCUUCUGGAAUCCUAUUGAGUGGCGACGAAACUAUUUCUGGUGUAGCCACUGAGUCAUCAGAAUUGAGCCCCAUGCGUUGA